UUAAAAGCAAGUCCAGCGGGGACAAAUCAAUCAGUAUUUUCAAACAUCAGAGAGUUACACUUUGCUUCUUUCCUAAAACAAGGCGUCUUGUAACUUAAACGCAACCCACUCCACUUUAGGUCGGAUCAAUCAAGAUUUAACAGAUUUGCUUUCCACAAUGAAUGCCUCGCCAAUUUUGACGUUAUUGGUACUCAUUUUACCGCUGAUCACAUCGUGUCUAGCAGUGACUGAUAAUAACAAUGAUGGUAAAGAUAGCGACGGAGCUUGUGGUCACAGUCAUUGGAUGCAUUACUCUUGCGCGCCUGGUAUCCCAGGUAUUCCUGGGAGCCCUGGGCCCGCGGGGCCCGCGGGUGUAGCGGGAUCGCCCGGCCCUCGAGGACAAGCAGGGGACAAAGGAGAGGCAGGGACACUAGGAACUCCAGGGUCUACGGGCCGCGAGGGUCCACAAGGAAUUAAAGGUGACGCCGGCGACAAAGGAAGCCAAGGAGCCCCUGGCCCUCAAGGCCUACCAGGGACAUUGGGAAGUAACUGGAAACAGUGCGUUUUCAAAAAUCUGAACGACGAUAGGGACAUUGGAUUAGUCAAGGAAUGUGUUUUCAACAAAUUGUCUCCCAACACUGGCCUCCGUGUUUACUGGAAUGGCGCUCUCAGUAUCUACAACUGCCACGCUUGCUGCAAGCGGUGGUAUUUCACCUUCAACGACGUAGAGUGCUCGGCCCCCGCUGCCAUUGAUGGUUUAGUGUACAUGGUACAUGGGAAUGGAAACAAGAAGAAUUUACACCGGGUGCGACAAAUCGAAGGUGUAUGUGAGAAAGUCCCCCCGGGAAUCGUGCGCGUGGGAUUCUGGGUCGGCAAUUGCCAGAGUGUCAAAAGUGCUGACGCGUACACGGGCUGGAACUCAGUAUCCCGGAUUUACGUGGAAGAAGUGCCACCUCCACAGGACAUCAAUCGGGAUUUAACAGAUUUACUUUCCACAAUGAAUGCCUCGCCAAUUUGGACUUUAUUGGUACUCAUUUUACCGCUGAUCACAUCGUGUCUAGCAGUGACUGAUGAUAACAGUAAUGGUAAAAAUAGUAACGGAGCUUGUGGUCACAGUCAUUGCAUGCAUUGCUCUUGCGCGCCUGGUAUCCCAGGCAUUCCCGGGAGUCCUGGACCGGCAGGGCCCGCGGGUGUAGCGGGAUCGCCUGGCCCUCGAGGACAAGCAGGGGACAAAGGAGACGCAGGAACACCAGGAACUCCAGGAACUCCAGGGUCUACGGGCCGAGAGGGUCCACAAGGUGCUGCCGGCGACAAAGGAAGCCAAGGAGCCCCAGGCCCUCAGGGACCACCAGGAACAUUGGGAAGUAACUGGAAACAGUGCGUUUUCAAAAAUCUGAACGAUGAUAGGGACUCUGGAUUGGUCAAGGAAUGUGUUUUCAACAAAUUGUCUCCCAACACUGGCCUCCGUGUUUACUGGAAUGGUGUUCUCCGUAUCUACAACUGCCACGCUUGCUGCAGGCGGUGGUACUUCACCUUCAACGACGUGGAGUGCUCGGCCCCCGCUGCCAUUGAGGGUUUAGUGCACAUGGUACAUGGGGAUGGAAGCAAGAAGAAUUUACACCGAGUGCGACAAAUCGAAGGUGUAUGUGAGAAAGUCCCCCCUGGAAACGUGCGCGUGGGAUUCUGGGUCGGCAAUUGCCAGAGUGUCAAAAGUGCUGACGCGUACACGGGCUGGAACUCAGUAUCCCGGAUUUACGUGGAAGAAGUGCCACCCCCACAGGAUUAAAUCUUGUCAAAAUAGGUCAAGUCUACAAAACUUAAAAAAUCUAUACGUACAGCUUUUGAAAAAGCAAAAUCAUAAUAGUGAGGGUUGAUAAGAAGCUAAUUUCAUGAGUUGGAAUAAAUAAAAUAGAAAUCUAA